GUCACACUGAAAUGGUUUCUCCCUGUAUAUAAUCUUUGAAGCUCAUCUCGCCACAGCAGACUCUUUUGUGCGCUACGUUGAGACAGCAGCGAGGACACCACUAUGGACAAGAGGACUUUAGCGGACAAACAGAUGAAACUUUGUUGCUGUUGACUGGAAACAGCGAGAAAAAAUGCUGCCUUGGAAGAAGAAUAAGUUCGACCUGAUUGAGGAAGACAAGCAGUCCAAGCAGAAGGGCUAUGCGGUGAGCCUCAACUACUCCGUGCUCACGUCCUUCGCCAAGUCCUGCCCGGAGAGCGCGCUCAACAGGGUGGGCAGCAUGUUCAAGUCCAAGAGGAAAAAGGUGAAGAUCACCAGCGAGGACCCCACGUACACGGUGCUCUACCUGGGCAACGCCACCACCAUCCAGUCCAAAGGGGACGGCUGCACGGACGUGGCCGUGAGCAAGAUCUGGGGCAAGAGCGAAAUGGGCAAGAACGGCACCAAGAUGAGGCUGACCAUCAGCUCGCAGGGCAUCCGGAUGGUGCAUGUGGACGACAAGGCCAGGAGGCCGGGACACUUGUACUUGCUGCACCGGAUAACCUACUGCGUCGCGGACCCGAGGCUCCCCAAGAUCUUCGCCUGGAUUUACAGGCACGAAAUGAAGCACAAGGCCGUGAUGCUGCGCUGCCACGCAGUGCUGGUGUCCAAGCCGGAGAAGGCGAAAGCCAUGGCGCUGCUGCUGUACCAGACCUCGGCCACAGCCUUGGCCGAGUUUAAGAGACUAAAACGGAGGGACGAUGCCCGGCACCAGCAGCAGCAGCUCAUAGGGGAGCAGACCAUCCCGCUGGUCCCCCUCAGGAAGCUGCUGAACGGACAGUGUUACUACAAACCCCCGGUGGAGCGCAGCCGGAGCGCGCCCAAGCUGGGCUCCAUCACGGAGGACUUGGUCGGGGAGGAGGAGGAGGAGAAAGCGAUGCACUUUGAGUGUGAGGACAUUCUGGACACGGACGGUGAUUGUGUUGCCAACGGUAAACAGGAGUUGACUCAGAUCAUUAACGACUUGGGAGAGAUGAGCAUAGGGAACGACGUGCAGACACUGAAAGCCGACCUGAGAGUCACCAGGCUGCUCUCUGGAGAGAGCACGGGGAGCGAGUCCUCCAUAGAGAGCAACCAGGAGCCCCCCCUGCUCACCAACGGGUUCGAGGAGGUAAAGGUGCAGGAAAUUGCCUGAAUACUUGCGAGGCAUUCCUGACGCACAUGUUCUGUGGUCUCCCCCAAGAAAAAACAACAACAACAACAAAAAACAUUUCCUCUGUCGUCAGCCUUGUUGUUGGAGAUUGUUUGUCGCAUCGGUGCCUCUCCACGACUAACUGAGAUGAUCCAGAGACGAUCCUCAAGGAGUUAGACACGCAGUUAGGCUACUGAAUGAUAUUUGGAAGAUUGUGUAAACACGGAGGACAGGUGGGGGGAAAUGAGUGCGUGCCGCUCGAGAGAUGACUGGUUGAACCGACGAGGUCCCGGUGCGCCCUCAGACGCACGACACUAAUUCCAUCUCUUUUAUUUAAGAGGAUUUUGUUGUAGCCUCGAGCUUGUUUACCUUGAGUUUUUUUUUUCUCUCUUGAAAAAUGCAUUUUUCUGUUGAAAGAUGCUCCUCAUGAGCCAAAAAACACACCCCUUUCUUUUUUUAUUUUAUUUUCUUCUUCUUCUUUUUUUUUUUUAAAAAAAGCCUUUUUCCUAAAUGGUUCAGUGGGUCUAAACAGGCCUCCUAAAGUUUCCUGUCAGGGCCUUUUUUUCUUUUCUUUUCUUUUUUUUGCAACAGCCUGUUCAUUUAUUUUACUUUGCACUGUUGUAGAAUUCACUCAAGUAUUAUGUUGGCUUCAUGUAAAACGAUGUUUGUUGUUAUGUUGUCCGAGACAUAAAUGUCAUAUCUUUGCUGUGCAAAAGAAAAAAACACACUGUUAUGUAUUAAGAUGUAAAGUAAGAUGUUUUAAGUAUAAAUAUGUUAUUUUUUAAAGAAUGAAAAAAAAAUGUGGUUUGUUAUGUGAACCUCAUAGAAUUAUGAAUAAUAAAAAAAAAAUGAAAAUGA